AUGGAUUUUACCACACAUCAUACGGUGCCAAAUCCGCCCGAGUCGACGCAGCAGGCAGAAAUUAGAGAGGAUAUGGAAGGUCUCCACGAACCCACCGUGCUCCCCGAAGGGGGAGCAGAUGCGACGCUGUCUUCAGUCCCAGAGCGACUCCGGCCUGAGGACUCUCGUGAUGCUCCGGCAUGGGAAUCUACCCGAUUGGCCACAUGGACUGUCCCGCACAUCAGGCGCGAAGGGCAUUUCUCAUAUUUCGGGCCCAUGUCUAUCGAUGGAUUCAAGAGGGAUGUGGAAUCUUUCCUGUCAGAAUAUCUCCCGUCACGUCCGGAGAAUCGGCGUGGCGAUCUUGUCGAGAUGUUUGCAGAAGGGUUCCCUGAGCUGACCAUCGAGCAGCAAGCCGCCUUAGGUGAGUUUUUCAUCGAGUGUCUUGAUCUUUAUCAACUUCCUUCUGAGCUAUCUGAUCGCUUCUGGGAAGGUCUUCCGCAGGCCAUCGAGCUAAUGUCGCCAGACGGGGAUGAAUCGAUGGACGGAUCCGACGACAGCUGGAUUCCUGGAGUCGGCGCUGUUCCUUGGUUCAACCCGACAACAAUCAUAGGUCGAGACCCGGCACGAUCCGAGGAUCCUUUCUACGGACCGGAUACCGAAGGGUCUGCAGCUCCCGACGAAAUCCGUGACUGGACAACAGACUUGUCCUGCUUGCAUACGGCGUUUUUCGACAUUCAUGAUCAAAUGUCAGACAUGAUUCCCGAUCUGGUGGUGGGGGUAUCUGCCGACCCGCUUCAUAUUCGUGCUGAGCGCCUACUUAGGGAGAGUCAACAUGAUCUCUUUGCUGCAGGUUCAUUCAUCGAGUUGGCGGCCAAGCCACGCAAAGGCCCUUUCUUUCAGAGCCUCGUUUCAGCAGAGAGGUCCCUAGCCACAGCUAGAGAGAAAAUCUUCAGGGCAGAGACCUACCUCGUCACCCAAGAGGAUACGCUGCUCGCCGGUGAAGAUUGGAAGUUCUUGGGCCACGCCAGCAGAUACGAGCGGAGCAGGUAUCGAGACCAUCUGAGACGGCUCGUCGCCAGCUGCCGGACAGAAAGAGUGCGCAUUUUCUCCAUCGGCUCCUCCAGCACUGAGCUCGAACCGGUCACUCGAUCGUAUGAUGAGAGUGAAGAUAAGUGUCCGAUUUGCUACGACGAUCUACCGGAGGAAGGCGAGAUUGCUCCUCCCCCUGCAGUGACGUUCACCUGCUGCAACAAGGCUUUCCAUGUCGACUGUCUUCUAGAGUGGUUGUUUGGGAAGAUUCGCCAAGGCAUGCAUUGCCCAAUGUGCCGCAAGGGGUUGGACCUUGACUUCUUGGGAGCGCUCAUGGAGCAGAAAGUACAAGAGCUGCAAUGUCUCUGA